AUGCCAACUGUCUCCACUGUCAAUCUCACGGCACCACUCCUCCUCCUGUUGCUAUGGGCAACCCACCCCACCAUGGCAACCAACUGGCUCUCCCUGGCGAGGCUGCCUCGCUCCAGGCCUGUGUCCGGUGCUGCCCCGUGUGCACGGCUGAGGGGGCUGACCCCGGGGCAGGUGGGGGUGUGCAGGGCGCGGGGGGAGGUCAUGGAGUCCGUACGCAAGGCAGCCGAGAUGGUCAUAGAAGAGUGCCAGCACCAGUUCAGGAAUCGCCGCUGGAACUGCUCCACCACACCACGUGGUAUCAAUGUCUUUGGCAGAGUCAUGAACCAAGGCACUCGUGAGGCAGCCUUCGUGCACGCCUUGUCCUCAGCAGCUGUGGCAGUGGCUGUGACCAGGGCCUGCACACGUGGGGAGCUGGAAAGGUGUGGCUGUGACAGGAAGGUCAGGGGGGUCAGUCCUGAGGGUUUCCAGUGGUCUGGGUGCAGUGACAACCUGUCCUAUGGUGUAGCUUUCUCCCAGACAUUUGUGGAUGAACCAGAACGAGCCAAGGGGCUGUCAGCAGGACGGCCACUUAUGAAUCUCCAUAACAACGAGGCGGGACGAAAGGCCAUCCUUCACAACAUGCAGGUGGAGUGUAAGUGUCAUGGUGUCUCUGGCUCAUGUGAGUUGAGGACUUGCUGGAAGGUCAUGCCUCCAUUCAGGCGUGUUGGCGUCGUGCUCAAGGAACGCUUUGAUGGAGCCACAGAGGUCCGCCUGGCGCGUAUAGGAUCCAGAACGGCCCUGCUCCCCCGUGACCCACAGGUCAAACCCCCCGCUGCCAGAGACCUUGUGUACCUUGCACCCUCUCCAGACUUCUGCCAUCUUGAUCCUGACAACGGUAUCCCUGGGACUGCUGGUAGACGAUGUAAUGGAACCUCUCGGCUGGCACCGGAUGGCUGCGAGUUGGUGUGUUGUGGGCCAGGAUACAGAGCGGGUCGGGCUGAGGUGGUGCAGCGCUGCUCAUGCAAGUUCUCCUGGUGCUGCUCAGUCCGCUGCCAGCAGUGCAAGAACACAGUCACUAUUCACACCUGCAGAGUAUAAGGCGGCACGAGAAAGGUGAAACCAACAGAGCAGGAAGUCACGAGCAAACCACUGGACAGACACUUCUGAACACAAGACAAAACAAAGAAAACACAAACGUGAGAUUAUCUGCUGGUAGCCUCAGUUUAACUAGUUGCUGUUUUUUCACUUUUGAGCAGUGGAACUGUAGAAUAGCACAUUUAAAGAACAUAUAAACAAAGAAAGAGGAAAAAGCACCAAAAGUGAGUAAGAUACUCAACACUCCAAAGUACUAAGUCAGACAAGUGGUCUGUGGCAGACAUGCAAACACACACACACACACACACACACACACACACACACACACACACAGAUACUCUCAUAUCACUGAACCGACAAAGCUUUUAAAGCUGAACUUAACGACAACUAACAUGGAAAACAAAGCUCUUUUUUUUCCUUCUGCAAACUAUUUACAUCGUAUCAUAGAGUAGCAGGUUGUUUUCUGUAUUUAUGUUAUUUUCUUUGUUCUGGUUUAUUUAUUUGUAUAUCUGCACUUCAGCCUCCAGCAGUGACGUAACAAGAAAGAAUAACUUCUACUUACAUUAGUGUCUGUCUCGUGUUUUGUCCCUCACCGCCAUUUCUUCUGUGUGUCCCUGCACAAACCAUUUCUGUUUGGUCUGAUCAAGAUAAUCUAAUAAAUACAGUAGUUUCAUCCAA